GGAGGAAGUGCUCAGAGAGCAGCGUUGAGCUCUUCCUGCAGUUACAGAGAUGAAUGCAUGAAUGCGAGAGAAGAAAAUGGCGUUCGAGCAGGACAAAUGUUUCCCCUCCUAGACUCUGCAAAUGUGUUGAAUUUCUAUAGCCUUAUUAUUUGCUUUCAUUUCAUCUCUACUGCACUUUAAACUACAAGAGAGAAUUGGAUGCUAUUGCCACCAAAGACAUUGAAGAGAAGCAACACAGGUCAGGAAAUCAUUCAAAACACGGAUGGAGAGUGGACGGAGGAAAGUGUAGAGCUUAUUGGAAUGACGAUAAGGAAGAGGGGGCUGGUAUAAAGUGCCAGAACAUAUCAAGUCCAGUUUCAGCCAGCCUCAGUCUGCCAAUUAGAACAGCAGCACCUCCACUGUAACCUGCGCCAUCAGCAAUGCCAAGAGGGCCCCAGCCAGCGGCCAGCCCCAAGCCCUGCCUCGGUACCCGCUCUGUGAAGUUUCGCCGCAUCUCUGUCAGCACAAACAGAAACAGCUGUUGAAGCGUGGGCAAUCCCUCACGGUCCUAGCUGCCACCCUGGGAACUCAAGUGCAGCUCAACUCUAGCCAGCCAGGGGAGCUUACGACUGAGAGGUCUGUCCUACACUGCGCCCAAAGCCACCUCUCAGGCAUGGCUCCCAUUCGGGAUUCUGUCAGCCACUCCCCUAACCAAACAGGUUUGGAACACGCUGGUCUGGAACCUCAGUAUGAGAAUUCACCUUGGAGCACUGGCUCACCUUGCAGCGACUCGAACAGCAACUGGGGAAAAGUCAUAGUAGAUAAGGGACCCUGGCCCUCCAUCACUGGAAGUGACCCAGAGUUAGCCUCAGAAUGUAUGGAUGCUGACUCUGCCUCCAGCUCUGGGUCCGAAAAGAAUCUCAGUAUAAUGCCGUCUGGGAGCUCUGGUGGUGACAGCAAUGGCAAUAGACAAGGUUCUCAUUUCAUGGUUGCAAAUGGCAGCAAUAAUGUGGGUAAUGGGAGUGUUAAGGGGCCUUGGGGUGUAUCCAACGGCUCAAUGCUAAGCACAUGUCAAGGCUCCGGGGAGGGCCCCAGCGGCAAGCUGGCAGAAAGCAGCCAUGGCAAAAUAAAUGCAUGGGGUACCCAAGGUUCCUCAACCAAUGUAGGUAUAAAUCCAAGCACUUUGAACCCAAAUGCCAACCAUGGUGCCUGGCCCGUUCUUCAGAACACUGGGCCCAACCCCCAUGGGCCUGUGGGGAAUGGAAAUGGUGGCACCAACACUCAACAAAGCACCAUAGGUCAAACACCCAGCAUGCAGAGUAUUAACUCUAAGAUGUCCUGGGGAUGCCUGCAAGAAAAUAUGUCCGAAGCUGAAGUCAAUGGUACAAACAAGGUUCCAAGUGGGCAGCCUCAAAACCUUAACACUGAAUUUAAUGGACCAAAUAACACUACUAACAUGAUGACCUCUAGUUUACCAAACUCUACAGGUUCAAUGCAGAUGAAUGAACAGCCCCCAGGGCACCGAGCUUGGCCUAUGAGUACUGGGGGCUCCCCUCAGCUCCCUAUUUCUCCAGUCUCUAAUGGCACUUCCAUUUCUCAACAUGGCAACAGUGAGGGAAUCAACAGCGGGUCUUAUGGUACAGCAUGGGGCGUUCCGCCCAGCACUAAUUACUCUGGAGACAAAUGUCCCGUCCCUAAAGGCCAAGCUGUGGGCGACACUGUGAAUGCAACUCUAAUGCAGUCUGGAGCUAAUAACUCCUCUGUGAGUGCUGCUUCUUUAAAGAAUAAUAAUAAUAACGGGAUGAGUGGUCGUGGAGGAGGCUGGGACUCAGUGCCUGCUACCUCACAAAGUAUGUCUUGGGGAGCAGGUAGUGCUGUUGGCUCAGCUGGGAUCCCUCGCCCUUGGGGGAGUGCCUCCUCCUCCUCGUCUUCCUCUUCCUCAUCUUCUUCAAACACUGGCACUAAGGUCUCAAACGGGGAGUGGAACACUUUGCCCAGCAACAGUCAGCAUUCCAAUGAUAGCACGAACGGGAGCAGGAAGGGAACAAAUGGAUGGAAGUCCUUGGAGGAUGAUGCUCUUGGAAUAGGGAGCUCCGGGCAAGUGUCCCAAGGCAGCACAUGGAACAAAUCUACAGGCAGUGAAGGAAGUGGAGAUAGUUCAGGAGGUCACAGUGAGAGGGAUGGACAGCGUGGUGGAAACCGAAGGAGGGGUAAUCAGCAGGGUAUGAUCAACGCUGCUCUCUCUAAAAUUGAUGUGGACCCCAGGGUGCUGUCCAACACAGGGUGGGGACAAACUCCAGUUCGCCAGAACACUGCCUGGGAUGUUGCAAACUCUGAUAAAAAGGCAGGAAAUGGACAGAUAAGCUGGGGCAGUGCUCCUCCUCAGGCAUCUAACUCAGGUGGGUGGGGAAAUGGACCCAGCACCAACAAAAGUAGCGAUUCUUCAAUGUCUGGGUGGACUGAGCCGAAACCGUCUACUGGCUGGGGAGAAACCAAAGGCCCAGUUGGGCAAAGUGGAUGGGAGGAUGCCCCUUCUGUGACAAUGAACAGGGGUGGUUCCUCAUGGAAUGCCAGCAAGGAUGAGAAGUCAUCCUCAUGGAAUAGUGCACCGAAGGCAAAACAGGGAUGGGAUGGUCCCUCUGCUGGAGAGGGAUGGAGUGGAGAAGGUCAGAAGGGAAAUCAUUGGGGAGAACCCCAGAAAUCUGGUUCAGGUGGCUGGGACAGUGACAGUGACCGGUCUGGAUCAGGCUGGAGUGAGCCUGGGCGAUGUGGGACGAGCAAUACCUGGGGAGGCAGCGGAGGUUCUAACACUCCUGACCAGAGUGGUCAAACCACAGGCUGGGGAGAGCCUCUCAAGACCAACAAUCAAAACCAAACCUGGGGAGAGCCAAUCAAACCAAGCCACUCUAACCCAGCUUGGGGUGAUAAAACAAAAUCGAACAACUCUUUAGAGUGGGGCAAAUCCCAAGAAACCAGCAUGGGAACAUUUAGGAGUGUAAAUACUUCUCAAACUGCAGCUCCUUCUCAAAACAAACCUACUGGAUGGCUGGGAGGCCCAAUACCUGCUGCCUCUAAAGAAGAAGAAUCUAGUGGAUGGGAAGAGCCAUCCCCUGAAUCCAUCAGGCGCAAAAUGGAAAUUGAUGAUGGUACUUCAGCAUGGGGAGAUCCCAACAAGUAUAACUACACCAAUGUAAACAUGUGGAACAAGAACACUGCUGGAGAACAGGAUGGCAUGUCUGUAUCUCAACCCCCACAAGCCCAAAGCUCCAUGGCUCCAAAAGAAAAGAGCUGCAGCUCAGGGUGGGGAGAGACGUAUGGUGGGCCACAGAAAAUGGAGUCCUCUACCUGGGAACAUCCUGCUCCACCUGUCACUGUGGACAAUGGCACGUCUGCUUGGGGAAAGCCUGUCGAUGCAGGUUCUAGCUGGGAAGAGCCGGGAAGGGAUAACUCUGGAGGCAGUGGCUGGGGCAGCGCUCCUGUGGGACAGCAGGCACAGCACAAGUCUGCAUCCAAACCUAUGCAAGACAACUGGUGUGGAGAGGAGAUGUCCAUUGGAGGGCACUCCAACUGGGACGAGGGAGAGGAAGUAGAGAUUGGAAUGUGGAACAACAAUCCAUCACAGGAAAUGAACCAAACUGGAAACUGGUCGUACAAGAAGAUGCCUCCAAAGUUGAACAAAGGACCCAACAAGCAAGAUGAUUCUCCGUGGAUGAAUCAGUUUGUGAAACAGUUCAACAACAUGUAUCCUAGGGAUUCUUCUGAAGAUUCCCUGAAGAGCAAUAAGAUGGAUAUGUCUGGAAUGACGGACAAACGAAUUGAUGUUGACAAGCAUAUGCUUAAUAUGGGAGACUAUGGAAAAAACCCUGCUUCACGCCACCAGAUCCACAAAGACAGUCCCAUGGACCGCAAUCCCUAUAUGGACAAGCUUUCACUGCCUGCCUUCGAUAGCUCUGUAGCAGAGGAGUCCCGAAACUCACAGAUUACUUCCAUGCAGAAUAUCAGCUUUCCCCCCACAAAUAAUGCACAGCCAAACCAGUGCAACUUGCCAGGGCCUCACCAUCCAAACUCUGUCUCUGUUAGGCAGAAUGUAAACAUGUAUGGCGUCGGUAAUGCAGCAGCACAAGGCCGGAACUCCCAGCAGCCUCCAGCACAACCUCUGAACUCUGCUCAGCCCAGUCUGCGCAAUCAAGUGCCUCCUCCACUACUUCCCUCUCAGGUCCCGCCACCCCUGUUGAAGUACUCUCCCAAUAAUGGAGGUCUAAACCCUCUGUUUGGCCCACAGCAGGUGGCUAUGCUGAACCAGCUGUCCCAACUCAACCAACUGUCUCAGCUUUCUCAGAUUAACCAGUUACAGCGUCUCCUUUUGCAGCAAAAAGCGCAAAACCAGAGGGCCAUGCCUGUCAACAGCCGCCAGCAGCAGGAACAGCAGGGUCGUGGUCUGGGUCCAUCCCAGCAGAUGAUCCAGCCUCCCCGCCAUCUCGACCCCUCCCUGAUGAAGCAGCAGACCUCCCCUCAGCCACCCUCACUGCACCAACCCAGCCUCAAGUCCUAUAUGGAGAACUUCAUGCCCCCCAAUGCCUCUGAUCUGCAGAAAGAGCAAAGUUCCCUGAGCUCGUUCAGUAAUUUCCCUUUAGGUCUGAACUCAAACUUGAAUGUAAGCAACCUCGACAUUGGUAGUGUUGGCUUUAAGGAGCCACAGUCCCGUCUGAAGAAGUGGACUGCUAUGGACAUUUCCGUUAACUCGCCACUUGAUCAAAAUCCCAGCAAAUCUGGUGCUAUAACAUCUGGCCUGAGGCUUGAAGACUCACCCUUUGGUCCAUAUGACUUCAUCAAUGCCAGUAAUGCUCCCAUUAGUCCUCCUGGCUCUGUGGGAGACGGCUGGCCCAGCCGUGCCAAAUCACCUCAUGGUUCCACUAAUGUCAACUGGCCACCAGAGUUCCGUCCUGGUGAGCCCUGGAAAGGAUAUCCAAACAUUGAUCCUGAAACUGACCCAUUUGUCACUCCUGGCAGUGUGAUUAAUAAUCUCUCCAUUAAUACAGUCCGGGAUGUUGAUCACCUCAGGGACAGGAACAAUGGGCCAUCCUCAUCACUUAACACCACGCUGCCUUCAAAUAGUGCCUGGACAUCCAUUCGUGCCUCCAACCACAAUAGUUCCCUCAGCAGUACAGCACAAAGCACUUCAGCCAGAAACAGUGACUCCAAAUGGUCUCCUGGUACAGUCACCAACACCUCUUUGGCUCAUGAGCUGUGGAAGGUUCCUCUCCCCUCUAAAGGUAUCUCUGCUCCGUCCCGCCCCCCGCCUGGCCUGACUGGCCAAAAACAGCCCUCAUCUUGGGACAACAGCUCUCUGAGAAUGGCAGGUUGGGGCAGCUCUGAAUCCAGAUUCAACUCUGGUUCCAGCUGGGGUGAAAGCAGCUCAGGGAGAACUAAUUGGCUCGUUCUCAAAAACCUCACACCUCAGAUUGAUGGCUCCACCUUGCGAACUCUGUGCAUGCAGCACGGUCCACUGAUCACAUUCCAUCUGAACCUUCCCCACGGCAAUGCAGUUGUCUGCUACAGCUCCAAGGAGGAGGCGGCAAAAGCCCAGAAGUCACUGCACAUGUGUGUUUUAGGGAACACUACUAUUCUCGCAGAGUUUGCUAGUGAAGAGGAAAUUAAUCGUUUCUUUGCACAAGGUCAGUCAAUGACUGCCUCUCCCAGCUGGCAGACGCUGGGCUCUUCUCAGAACCGGAUCGGAUCCAUCGAGGGUUCUCACCCCUUCCCAAACCGCACUGAUCCAAAUCACUGGAAUGGCAGCGGAGACCUGCACGGCUCGUCUCUCUGGGGUGUCCCAAAUUACUCCACGAGCCUGUGGGGCAGUCCCAGCGGCGGCGAGGGGGGCAGAAUCAACAGUCCCUCACCCAUCAGCUCCUUCCUUCCUGUUGACCACCUGACAGGAGGUGCGGAGCCCAUGUAGUGCAUCUUUCACCUUCUGACUUAACAAGAAAAAAAUGACAAAAAAAAUACAAACCCGUGACCUCAAUGUGGAAAUAGUUAAUCAUAAUCAUAUGACCAUAUAUAUAUUAUAUAUGAAAAAAUCAAAUGGCACUAGUUAGACUUUCUUCACUUACAAACAAAAACAAAAAAAAAAAAGAUUUUAAAAACAAUGCGGGGUCACCCUGUGGAAACAAGUUACGUUUUUUUUUCUGCACAUAUGUCCACUUUGUUUUAGCCCAAAACAUAUCAGUUUGAAUACUUGAAUCAUGCAGGCCAAUUCUAUAAUGUGAAAGGAUGCAUUUACACUUCCAGGUAGUGCUCUUCAUACAGAAAAAAAGCUUCAGUUGAGCUCAUCUGUUUAUUCAUCAUGUUUAUUUGAAUUCCAAUUCUUUUUCGUUUAGUUUUUAUUAUUUGCGUUUCUUAUUUUUUUCGUUUGCUGACAAUGUUGGAGUUUGAGCUUUUUUAACUUUGCACUGAAUGUGGUUUUUCUCAGUAUAAUCUGCAAUAUGGAGGGAGCCGACAGUUCCAGUGUAGUUGUUUACUCAAGGAUGUUCUUAAAAGUGUGCGCUCUACUAUGCCUUGAUGUACGCCUACCUUAUUGUGGUAUUGUGGAGUUCGAGAUCAAGAUAAUAGAUGCUGACUUAGGAUUAUUUGAUGAUAUUACAGAAAUAAGUAUUGCACCAAUUUUGUUUUAAAACUAAAGAAUUUAGCUCUGCAGUGUAAAAAACUGUAGCCACAGCUGUGACUUGCAAACCCGACCUGCAAGCCAGGGGGAACAGCACUUUCAAAAUAGGCUUUCAAUUUUGUUUUGGAGGCGUCACAUUGUGCCCUCUUGUUUACAAAACUUUUUGAGGGGGAAAAGUAUGGUCAUUCUUCCUUUAUUUUAAAUGGAAAACUUUAAAAAAUGCAUAAAGAAUUUUAAAAAACUCUUAGAAAAAUAAAAAAAAAUAAAAACAAUACCAAAAAAAAUUAAAAAUGCGAAAAAAAACGAACAAAAAAAAAACAAAUCUUGAGGAUGAAGACGAAGCUUUCUAUCUCUGGGAAUACUGAUCAGUGUUUGGCCAUGUCAUUGGUUAUUUUAUCUAUUCCUCUUGUCUGCUAAAUAACCAGCAUGGUUCUCAGGAAAUAUAGCCAGUUUUCCCCCAUAGAAACUCCUUGUAGGAAAAAUCCAACUUUUAGCACUGAAACUACUUAUAGCUCUGUAAGUUUUUCUCUGCCAAAUAACUGCUUUAAGCUGGAGACAUUCUACAUACUGCUUUUCGAAUAUGCUGUCUUUUUAUUAAUGAGUGAAUAUGGUUUGCUGAAUCACUAUCUAGUCCUUCAUCCCUUUUUCCCACUGAGUGGCUCGAUGUGUUUUUCGCUUUGUGACUGUCGAAGUAACUGUCAAAUGUCAUAAGAAAAGCAGAAAUCUGUAACUAUGCAUACUGUAGCCAACGACUCGGCCUACAGAAUCGCUUUUUCUUUGUCUGAAGUAAUGUUUUAUAUGUUUCGGUAAUUUGCAUAUACAUUGUUUGAUAUAUAUAUAUAAAUAUAUCUCUAUAUAUUUUUUUUUCUUCGUUUCUCCUCAUCGCCAGAGCUGGUGUUAAAGAAAAUCUUGUUUGGUUAUUUUAACAGUGCAAAAGUCGUCCACAUUUCAUUGCCUUGAUUCAAAUUGUGUCCGAAGAUGCAACAAGUCAAGUGGCUUUUAACUGUUUACAAAUAGAAAAUGAUUGUAACGUGUACAGUUUGGUUGUGUUAAUCUGAAGUUCCUUACAAUAUUAAUAAAUCAAUGUUUUGGCUGCUCAUUACCAUUUUAUUUUCAUUUUAAAUUAAUUUUUUGUUCUUUUUUUCCCUUAACCCCCGCUUUUAUCCCCUUCCUCAAAGCUGGUUUGUCAUUAAAAAUGGCUUGCCUCUGUACUUGUGGCCAAGGAAGGUUGGAUUAGUGGUGAAUGUAAUCUAUUGCUGGUAGUUUAAAUAACAUGCGUAGAUUUACCUUUUUAUUGUACUAUAUUUUAGGUGCACAAUUUAUGAGACGCUUCAAGAGCGAGAGGGAGAGAAAGAUGUCAGCAUUAGGCUAAGCCAUGGACCUUAAUACGUGUUUAAGCUGUUGUUGUUGUUGUUAUUGUUUUAUUUUCCUCCAUUCUUUUAUUUGCGAAGUAGAACUUGCGUGAUGUGUUAACUUAUCCAUAUUUAAUGACUCAUCGUACAAAACCCUGAGUAUUACCCUUCACUUGAUGGUUGCGUGCCAGUAUUGAACCAUUUUAAGUAACCGCUUUACCAAAUAUACUUCAAUCAAAGCAUUUGUUUACUUAAUUCCAGGCCUGGCUUAUCUCAUUGUGUUUGUCGGACAAAUUCUAAGUGGAACAUUUGGAGAAACUACAUAGCGAAAGGAGCGAAUGAGUCGUUUGUUUUUUUUAGAAUUGCACUUGGUGUACAUAAUGAACUAGAAAAGCUUGUACUGUAUUUGUAGUGGAGGAAGAGCGUACGGUGGACGGUGUUGACGGAGGCCUUUUGUUUGUCUUUUAUUCUUUGUGUACAUUGGGCUAGCGUGCGUUUGUGCCUGCGUGUUUUUUGAGUGGUCCACCCCAUUCCUAGUGUUCUCCUCAUGUUCAGGGGCGUACAACUGCAGGUACCCACUGAUUGGAUUGCCGUGACUUUGUUUACUCCCCUCGACGUGGAUUGCUCAAUUCUUCUAGUUACACGUUGGUUUGCGUCCGAGGAGUCUAAAAGCGCGACGCUGAGCUUCACCAAUGGUUUUGAAUGGGUUCUUUCCUGCCGUCUUUCUUGGUAAACAUGCUAGUUUCCGUGUUUCUCCGUGGCUUGUUUUUUCCUGAAGCGAGAGUAGGGAGAAGCCAUUGGCACCCAGUCGAUUUCCACUUUAUUUCCGAGUUUUAUUUUUGAUUUCUCUCCCCUUUUUUCCCUCUUUUGUUUUAUGUAUGUGCAGCUGUUUGGUGUUAAGACAGAACUGUCAUGCUGAGACAUUUUGAUAAUUCACUGUCAUGCCAAAUUAUGGAGUCAGGGGGGGGAGGGAGGAAAGGGAAUUGUUCUUUUGUAAAAGCAGGACAAUGUAUACGCUUCAAAUGUCACUUGCGAAAUGGAUGUUUUGAGGAUGUUCAUGAGCAAUGUACAAUCCCCUGCUUUUCUAGCCAGGUGAACGUGGAGGAAACGAUAAAGCAACUUGGCCUGACAUUCUACUUUUUGUACUGAAAAACAAACAAACUAUGUGGUUCUUUUCUGAUUUAUCCUGUGAGCAAAUAUACCCAUGUCUUUUAAAUGGUUCCUACUGUUGAACAAUUGACUUAAACUGUGAGUAUUGCUGUCAUGUUAUUAUAAACCCAAAAAGCUUUAGUGAAACCAGCACAAGAAAACGGACGAGCGAGAGUUUAAAUCGAAACUUCCACCAUGGGGAAAUUCUAAGAGAGUCUAUGCAGUGUAGGGUGAAGCUUCCAUGUUUGUGUCUUUCGCUUACUGAAAUCCUGUCCGCGGUAGUGGUUGGAUUUUAAUAAAAUACGAUUCCUGUAAUGUGCCAUGAUUGAAAUUCUUUUGUUAUUGUCACAUGGAGAAGAAAACAUAGCUGAUGAUGAUGAUGAUAAUAAUUGGCCAGUUGUAGCAAAUGGAGGGUUGCAUUAACAUUUCCUUUUUCACAGCACUCCUCUGUGGAAUGGCAAAUUCUCAACAUUUCUUCUAGGGGUCUGUGGAGAACUAGUUUUGCUCACAUGUAACCUAUAUGCACACUGCUUUGGUAGACUGUUUGAAAAACGACUAGAAAUAAACCAUCAAUAAGAUUACUUAAAUGAGCAGGAAGUUCUUUUUCAGCGUCUUCCUGGGGUCAUCUUAGAAUUUUAACUUGGGGAACUGCACUUUUUGAAGGACAAUCCUUAUUUGUAUCGGUAACAAUUGACACAAGGUUUAGUCUAGUAAUACAUGGUAGAUACUCAAAUGUGUAGUGAUGAAUGUUUCCUGUAAUGCUGUUUUUCUUUUCUUUUCCUUUUAUUUUUUUCUCUUUGUUGCUUGGUUUUCAAUUUUAGUACCCUUAAGUGCAUAUGUAACGAGGUAGUCGAGGUAGAGUAGUUUUUAGGUCUUUUGUUGGCUGUACUUGUAGACUGAUAAUAACUGUUUGUAAAGUCCUGAUCUUGAUAUCGGAAUACAAAGCUGUAUAACUUGGGUACAACCCGCAAUAAAGCCUAACAGUGA